CAAAAAAAAAAAAAAAAGUUUUAUCACAUCCAACAGAAGAUAACUCCCCGGAGGUUGCUGAAAUGGCAGCGGCAGCAGCAGGCCGAUUCCACCUCCUCCAACAGGCAAUAACAAUCUCAUCAUCUAAAUUCCCUCUUCAAUCGCCCUUAUCUUGUUGUACGCCUAAUAGUGUUUUCUUAAAACCGAGUAGCAACACUCGUUUACGCAACCUUCAUCUCACUCCCUCACUCUGCUCCACCUCCAAUCCCAUUCCCAUUCCCCCAGAUCAUGAGAGUGGUAGUGCAGGUGGACCAAGCGGUUCAAUAGUCGGUGAUCUUCUCGACUAUCUCAACGAAUCUUGGACUCACUUUCAUGCCACAGCCGAAGCAAAGCAACAGUUAGUUGCUGCUGGAUUCCACCUGCUCAGUGAGAAUGAUGAAUGGGACCUUAGACCUGGCGGACGCUACUUCUUCACUCGGAACAUGUCCUGUGUGGUUGCUUUUGCCAUUGGAGAAAAGUAUUCUAUUGGCAAUGGUUUUCAUGUAAUUGCUGCUCACACGGAUAGCCCAUGUCUGAAAUUGAAGCCGAAGUCCGCAUUGUCGAAAUCCAACUAUCUUAUGGUGAAUGUACAAACCUAUGGUGGUGGAUUAUGGCAUACUUGGUUUGAUAGAGAUUUAAGUGUAGCUGGAAGGGUCAUAGUGAGAGAUGGUGAUGACUCCUUUCUACACAAACUAGUCAAGAUAAAGAGGCCCCUUUUACGAGUGCCUACGCUUGCUAUUCAUCUUGAUCGUACGGUGAACAAGGACGGUUUCAAACCAAAUUUGGAGACUCAGCUCAACCCACUGUUGGCAACAAAACAUGACGAUGCGUCCUCGGAUAAAGAUAGAAAUUCCACAUUGUCUAAAGUUCCUCAUCAUCCUCUACUCAUGCAGAUUUUAUCAGAUGAGUUGGGCUGUCAAGCUGAUGACAUAGCAAGCAUUGAGCUAAACAUUUGUGAUACCCAACCUAGCUGUCUUGGAGGUGCAAACAACGAGUUCAUAUUCUCUGGAAGAUUAGACAAUCUCGCGUCGAGUUUCUGUGCACUCAGAGCUCUUGUUGACUCAUCAGGGCCCGAAGAUCUAUCAAAUGAGCAUGCAAUUAGAAUGGUUGCACUUUUUGAUAAUGAAGAGGUUGGUUCUGAUUCAAUGCAAGGGGCUGGUGCACCAACAAUGUUUCAAGCUAUGAGGCGGAUAAUUGAUUGCUUGUCUAAUCAAUAUGUCAGAGAGAGCAUUUUUGAACGUGCAAUUCGUCAAUCAUUUCUUGUUUCUGCUGAUAUGGCUCAUGGAGUGCACCCUAAUUUCAUGGACAAACACGAAGAAAACCAUCGGCCGGAAUUGCACAAAGGUCUUGUAAUAAAGCAUAAUGCAAACCAACGGUAUGCCACCAGCGGAAUUACGGCUUUCCUUUUUAAAGAAGUCGCUAAAAUUCAUAACCUUCCAACUCAGGACUUUGUGGUAAGAAAUGAUAUGGGUUGUGGAUCCACUAUAGGCCCUAUACUUGCUUCUGGAAUUGGUAUCCGCACAGUAGAUUGUGGUAUUCCUCAGCUUUCCAUGCACAGUGUAAGAGAGAUUUGUGGAAAGGAUGACGUCGAUAUUGCUUACAACCAUUUCAAGGCAUUUUACCAAACAUUCUCAAGUGUAGACCGUAAACUGAACGUGGACUAGUUAGUUAGUUUCCAUCGAGAUUGUAGGAACAAAGCAAAUGUAUCACAAAGCAACAGUAAGGAAUCUCUACAUUCUUUUUAUUUGUCAAGAACUCUGUUUCUCUC